AAAAUCAUAGUCGGUUAAUUUCAGAGAAAAACCUUCAAAAAUGCAAUUUAAAUAUUUCUUGCAAGUUCUAAUUUUAAUACUAAGAUUAAUUCGGGUUAAUCCCGAAUUUGAAUGCAAACCAAAUGUGGUGUUUGAUAAAUGUAAAUCGAUUUCUGGGUCAUCGAAUCCUUAUUGGAACUCGGAUAAGCAUUCGCCUUUGAUUUUUCGGCUACAAAUAAGAAAAUCUUGUGUUAAUUCUGUGUUAGAUAUCCAAUGGAGCUUACAGAAUAUAAAGACGAAACAAUUUCUUCAUCAACCUAAAUUGGAUAAUAAAAAUGAAAUUAUUUUGGAUAAAUCAAAUUUAACUGUUUUGGAGCCUUAUAUUCUUAAAGCUUUUGUUAAAGAAUCCGCUUAUGGGUUUUAUUCAACAUCUGUAGUUGUUACAUGUUGGUUUCGCUUAGUUAAUCGUUACAUACGAAUUGAAAAGAAAGCUCCUCGAUUAUCUUUUAGAUCAUCAUCCAACGACGAAUUAAAAAUAGAAACAAAUACUCCAGAAAGCGGGUGGGUUCAAUGUUCAAAUCCAAACAUGUUCGUAAUGGUUAGUUCCGAGAAAAAGUUAGAACAAAACUUUUAUUUUGGGGAAUCACCAAUAAUAGAACAACUAAUAAAUAAAUCAAGCCGGAUAUCGAAAAGACAAAAUUUAAAACUACCUGAUGAUUCCUCAUUAACAAGAAAAUUAUACGAACUAAAAGGGCGGCAAAUAGAUUUAAUAACCGAUCUAAAAUACAACAAAAAAUAUCGAUUUCUUUUAUGUAAGAAACGAAUUUCAAGCAAAUGUACCAACGUCCAAGAAAUUACAACAUGUCCAAACUUAGCCUUAACAUUAAAUUGCUCAUCCGAUGUUGGAAACAAAACUCUUUUUGAAAAUUACGUCGAUGUUAUAGGAAUAAAUUGUACAUUAAUCGGAAAUGCAAUCACCGAUUCGAUAGCUUUUGGACUUUACAGUAUAAACGGAGGCGCUCCAAAUGGAAAAGGGCCUAAAGAUAUUUUAAUAGGACAUUACACCGAUUAUAAAUCAAUUUAUUUCCGGUUAUUUCACAAAUCUGAACAUACCGUUGUGUUAAAACCUAUUGAUUCAAAAACGCAUGUUAGAUUUCCAUGUAAAUUAUCUAGAUGUAAUUCUAUGUCAUCGUUUAGAGUUAUUUCUACCAUAACAGAUUCUUUAGAUUUAUCAAUGCAAGCUCAAAUAGCUUUAUUACGCGAAGCACAAAAAGGAAAAAUACCUUGUCCGUUAUGCAACUCGAAAUUAUCAUUAACGGAUCUUUCAUUUUCUUCGAUGAUUUCUUCUGGAAAAUUCAACGACGCUGUUCAAUUCGCUUUGAUUUUAUUGAAAGACCAAGAAAUGUUGGUGAUGAAAGAUAUUGAAGCAAACGAGUUCCAAAUUUCUAUGCUAAGCGAAUUUGCUAAAAUUACUGAUUGGACUUGGCCUAGAUUGGAACAAAUGGUCGGGUUAUUACCGUAUUUCGAUUUAGAGGAUAUUCCAAAAGAAAUAGCUCACACAAAAGCGAAAGCUUUGUUAUUAAAAAAUAUGAUGAACGGUUUAAAAACGUUGAUAACGAGCGAGCAAUUUCAUAUGACACCAAGAAUUGACAUGGAAGAGAUUUACUUUGAUGAAUUUUAUAAACAAAUUAGUGCCUUGUUUGGCCCAGACUUUAUAAAACCGUACAGUUUUGAUGAAGCUAAAGUACACAGUCCUCCUUUUCAUGGUGGAAAAGAAGAGGAUUACGAAGAUUAUGAUGAAAAUAUGGAUGAUAUUAUAAUUGAUGAUUUUAUAAUGAUAACCAACGAUGGUUUAGAAGCGUUAUCAAAUUUAUUAUUUGCACGAUCAAAAACACAUCAUUACAAAGAGGAACAUUUAGUAUUCACCGAAUCAAGCUUAACGAGUAAAAUAUUUACUGAAAAAGAAAAUAUCGAUUACAUAAUCACGGAUAUUAAUGAGAUUUUUUACGUUGAAUUGGGAUAUCCGGUUGCGAUGCCACCAACUGAGAAGGAGUUUCGAUUUAUUUGGUCGUUAAUUGAUAAAGAAGCGUUUUUUUGGCACCACGAAAGUUAUAAAUGUACUAUACAAUAUUUAAUGAUCCAAUUUUACUCGGGAGAUGAAGAAGUUACUAAAAAUUUUAACACUAACCCUGUGAUUGAAAUAAAUUUGCCGAGUCAAAGUGUUAACGUUCAAGCGGAUGGAAUCGUUGUACCAAGUCAUCCAGACGAUUGGACUGACCACAUCAUCAAUAGAUUUAUGAGAGUUUAUAGGAUUAAUGUUAAGAAAUAUUUAGGAUAUACUUUAGGAGUUUACAUACAAAAUAUUACACGUGUUGAACGAUUAAGAGUUAUUGUUGAUACAAAUGGUACAAAACCCGUUUUUGAAGAUUUUGCAAAUCCUAAAACAGAAAUAUUGAUUUUUGAUAAAACAAAUUCUUCCAAAUUUGUUGCUUUUAGUAGUAACACCUCGACAGUGGAAUUUUGGUACAUUGCUGUUUUACCGUAUAAAGAAGAUAUUGCGGCUAAAAGAAAGCUUCGAUCUUUAAAAGGAGAAGACGAUGAUGAUGAGGAAGACAUUGAAAAUGAGCGUGAACGAAUUGAAACUGUUGGGAUUCAAUAUUUAAAUAGUUUCAUGAUGUACUCAUGUCCUAUGUUUGUUAAUGGGGAAUUUAAGCACGAUAUUUGCACGGUUUUAGAAUCAAGUACAACAUCUCGUUUAGAAUGCGAAUGCCCCGAAGUUGGUGGUCCGUUAGCACCAAGCUUUUUCAGCGUUUCAUAUAAAAUUUAUGGAAUAGUUGAUAUUUCAACAAAUUUAGAAUUAUCUGUCCACUUCAUCGUUGUAAUUUUCACAUUAAUUGCUAUUUUUAUUUAUUGUUUCUUGUUGAUUUUAUGGCCAUAUCGAAGUAGACCUUCCGAUUUAAUUUACUUUUUGGGGGAUAACGCCAAACAAAGCCGAUUUGGUUAUUUAGUUAGACUAACAACAGCUGAUUUUAAAUCGUCCGGAACAACAGCUCAUAUUGGUAUUCAACUUUAUGGAUCUAUUAGUAAUAGCAGGAGGCACAUCUUAAACCAUCCCGAUCCGUUUUCUCGAUUACUUCAAACGGCCAGUGUUAAUCACUUUUUAAUCGCAACCGAUGAAGCGUUAGGAAACAUCGUUCGUUUGGAAUUAUGGAGCGAUUGUUCCGGAUUUCGCCCGGAAUGGUACUGCGAAAGUAUCCGGGUCUACGACGUUCAAAGUUACAUUUCGUGGCACUUCAACGUCCAAAAAAGAUUCAGCGUCACCUCCGGACAUUACAGCCAUUAUUUCGUCAAACCAACUCAUCCAUCUGAACUUACAAUUAGAACACCUUGGUUAUUUUUUAAUUCACAUCAUGGUGGUAAUCACACUUGGAAUAUUUUAGAUACAUCCCAUGAUCAAUAUUGGUCUUAUCCACAACGAUUAAGUAUCAUGUUAACGCACGUUUUAGGAACUUUUGCUUUCGCUCUGUACAUGAUUCACCCACCGAUUUUUGAAUAUCAGGAUGGAAUUGGAAUUAGUCGGUUUAAUGAUGUUUGGUUUAUUAUAAAAACGAUUGUUAUUGUUACUAUUGUGGUGGCUCCUGUUAAUUAUGUUUUAGCUUGUUUCUUACGGGGAAGUUAUAAAUCAGGAAGAUUUCGUGGUAGAUACGGUUAUUUCCCAACUUGCUACAGCACCAUAACUCAUAUAUCUCUAUUUAUAAUAAACACACUCUGUCUGGUGUAUUGCUUGGUUUAUGGCCCAUUUAUUUCUUCGGUGGUGGCUCACGAUUGGAUUUUGGUCGUCGUAAUAUCUUUAUUAAUCAACAUUUUUGUUUGCGAAAAUUUAUUCUUAGCGAUACACUCAUUAAUCCAUCUAUCAUUUUAUUCAUUAAACGCUUGGGUUCCCGCCGUUGGCACAACAUAUCUAUUUAGAGAAAUCAUAUUUGACGUGGAAAACCAAAGAAGAUUUUUAUAUCGCCAUUUAGAUCGGAGUGGAAUUCGACCUUACAUUUUACCUAUGUAUAAGCCUUUGGGUGGUGAUCUUUUCGUGAAAAGAAAACGUGAAAUUAAGGAUAAAUCAGCUAUGAAACGAACUUACAAAAAUAUUUACUACGUUUUUAUAAUGCUUAUAUUCCUGCUUGUUUUAAUAAGUUUUUAUCGAGAUGAUAGAGCGGCGCAUUUUAGUAAACAUUUGGAAGAUAUCUUCGUGUAUGGGACAUCUGCCCCUAAAACACCUAAAGGAAUUUACAAUGUUACUACACACGAUGAGCUCUAUGAAUACUUAAAUAAAACGCUAAUAUUAGCAAUAACCCCAAAAAGUUGGUAUUGGCCUUACAUGGUAGCAGAUUCCGGCUUAAUUAGCGAUAUAAACAACAAAUACAUAGGAAAUGUACGAAUAAGACAACAAAGGGCGAUGGAUGUUAGGUGCCCACAAGCAAUGGUAGCGAGUAUGUUUGAUAUGGAUAAAUGUAUUAGUGCUUUGGAUAAUUACCCAAUAUUAAAUGCAUCAUAUAAUAACGCUUUGAAACAUAACAAUAGUAUGUGGUGGUUUCACGAGGAAAAAUCUUCAAAUUCUUACACCGGAUCUUUAAUGAUUUAUAACGGAGAUGGUUACACCGUAGAUAUUGGUAAAACUAGAUCAAACGCGCUUUAUAGAGUAAGGUUAUUAUUCGAUAAUAAAUGGCUUGAUGAACGAACUAAAUUUAUUAUAAUCGAAUUUCUGUUGUAUAAUGCAAAUACUAAUUUAUUUGCCGAUGUUAAAUUAGCUUGGGAAAGAGAAUCGAAAUACAUGUACCCAUCACAAAGAAUAAUUACAGCGAAAUUAUUGAAUUUGAGCGAAAAUUGGAACAAAUUGAACAUCAUUUUCUUCUUGGUUUAUAUUUAUAUAAGCUUUAGGAUAUUAAUAUUUCUGAUACAAGCAAUUUUAAACAGAUAUUGUGGAAUAUUUAAAAGUUGGCGUGAAGUUGGACUCCUAAUUUUCUGCAUUCUCAACAUUUGCAGCAUCGUUUUGUUUAUUCAAAGGAACAUUGCGAUUAAUUCGAUGUUGGAUGAACUAAAACACGCCGAUAGAAAAAAAUUUAUAUCUUACAGCCACGUUGUCUUAAUCCACAAAGACCUCGAAGUGAUUUUGGGCAUCAUGAUCUUCAUAAUGAUCUUAAUGCUUAUUAAUUUUUUGGAAAUUAUUUCUUGGACUUCAACCGUUACCAAAACAAUUCGAAAAGCGUUCCCACUUUUCCUUACAUUAUGCGUUUACAUCACCGUUUACAUGUUAUAUUAUGCGAUAGUGACUUUCAUGUUUUAUGGAAACACUCUGGAAGAUUAUCAAAGCUUUUCAAGAUGUUGCAUUAAUUUUUUUUUGAUGUUAAGUCGGUGUAAUAAACCUGAUGCGGGACAAACCAUAUGGGAACAAUCCGCAAGCAUCGUUAUUUUUGAAAGUUUUUUGAUUGUUGGGACUUUUUGGUUUAUUAAAGCACAAUUUUUUAUGGGAUGUGCUUGGUAUUUAAAUUAUUGUAAAAAGGAAGGGUCUGCAAUGCGGAAUAAUUAUACGUUCUAUGAUUAUUUGAGGGAUAAAUUUCAAGCAUUUAAAAUUAAAUGGAGGCUAAGAUUAUAUUUUAUGAAUAAACACCAAAGAUAUCAAAAACGUCGAGAACGUGGUGGCCAAUCAGAUACGAAUUAUAUAACUCCAGCCCCAGAUUGUUACCGUUAUCAUAACGCAGUUUAUUUAAGUGAGUGGCGCUUAAAGAAGCAAGAACAAGUCACCACAGCUUAUCUUAGAAACACCUAUGUGAGAGAAAGAAACUCUAGACCUUCAAAAAUAGACUUAGAAUUUAUGCGGGAUAUUGCCGAAUUAGGAAUUGGGCCAAAACCUUUCCGGCAAGAUUUGUAUUUUGAACAAAGACUUCCCGCCACGGAUUACACGACCACCAUCGUUGUUCCCGAUGAAAAAAUCCGCACGAUGGCGCGUAUUACAGAAAAAAUAUUGCAUUGGAGAGGGAAAGAAGAUAAAGAUGUAAAAGUGGAGCUUAAAGAUUUAUCCGAAACUUCAAAAGAAGAAAAAUCGAAGAAUUUAAAAAAGGAGUGUUUUAAGACUAUUGGAACGAUGCAAAGUAGGCAAUUACAGGGAAUGUUGGUUAUUUUGGAGAUUAGUAACGAUGUUAUUGAUUCGUUAGCUCAAAAAUUAUUAGGAACUUUUACGUAUGAUCAAGAAUGUUGUUGUGAUAAUAAAAAUUAAUGUUUGUGUUCAAAAAUGCUUUAAUUAGAUUAUUGUUACAUCUUUUUGAGUAUAUAAAAGUGGUAAUUAAUUAA